AUGCCUGCGUUGGAGGUGAUCUGCAGCCUGAUUGGCUGGCUGUGCCUCUACCUGUUGUUCUGCUCCACCUUCUCUCACCGAGGGCCCGAGUGGAACUGCCGCUUGGUCACCUUGACCCAUGGCGUCAUCAUAGUGCUGCUGACGGCAUACGUUGUGUUUGUUGACGGUCCCUGGCCCUUCACACAUGCAGGUACAGAAAACACUGACCUCCAGAUAUUUGCCCUGGCAGUCUGCCUCGGCUACUUCUUCUUUGACCUGGGUUGGUGCGUGUGCUACCGGAGCGAGGGCCCAGUCAUGCUGGCGCAUCACGCCGCCAGCAUCGUGGGCAUCCUCCUGGCGCUGCUGAUGGGCGUGUCGGGCUGUGAGACCUGCGGGGUGAUCUUCGGCAGCGAGAUCACCAACCCGCUGCUGCAGAGCCGCUGGUUCCUCCGCCAGCUGGGACUCUACGACAGCCUGCUGGGCGACGCCGUGGACCUGCUCUUCAUCCUGCUGUUCGCCACGGUGCGCGUCGGCCUGGGGACCGUCAUGUUUUAUUGCGAGCUCACUUCGCCCAGGACUUUGCUGAUAAUGAAGCUUGGCGGCGUGGUCAUGUAUCUGCUGGCCUGGGUGUUCAUGGUGGACAUCGCCAGGUUCGGCUACAAGAAGACCAGGGCCAAAUACAGGAAGUGGAUGGUGAACCGCGAGCUCAAAGAGACAAGCGAAGAAAAACCAGUUGGGCACGAAGAGUGAUUGAGAAGACUAACUCAACCGCUUUCACAUGUU